CGCAGCGGGAGCGGCGGGAGCGGCAGAGCGGCAGCCAUGAGCCUGCUGAACAAGCCCAAGAGUGAGAUGACGCCCGAGGAGCUGCAGAAGCGCGAGGAGGAGGAGUUCAACACGGGCCCGCUGUCGGUGCUGACGCAGAGCGUCAAGAACAACACGCAGGUGCUCAUCAACUGCCGCAACAACAAGAAGCUGCUGGGCCGCGUCAAGGCCUUCGACAGGCACUGUAACAUGGUUCUGGAGAACGUCAAGGAGAUGUGGACAGAGGUGCCCAAGAGCGGCAAGGGCAAGAAGAAAUCCAAGCCGGUCAACAAGGACCGCUACAUCUCCAAGAUGUUCCUGCGCGGGGACUCGGUCAUCGUGGUGCUCCGCAACCCCCUCAUCGCUGGGAAGUAGGGAUGGACAUCUCCAGAACCUUCUGGAACCUUCACAGGUCCUCCAGAACCUUCCCAGAUCCUCCAGAACCUUCCCAGAUCCUUCAGAACCUCCCCAGAGCGACUCGGUCAUCGUGGUGCUCCGCAACCCCCUCAUCGCUGGGAAGUAGGGAUUGGUGUCUCUGGAACCUUCCAGAACCUUCUAGAACAUUCCCAGAACCUUCAGAACCCUCCCAGAUCCUCCAGAACCUUCCCAGAGCGACUCGGUCAUCGUGGUCCUCCGCAACCCCCUCAUCGCCGGCAAGUAGGGAUGGACAUCUCCGGAACCUUCCACA